AUGGAAAAAAGCAACAAUUCUCAUGUCAGCGAGUUUAUUCUUUUGGGACUCUCUAAUGAACCAUCAAUUCAACUUUUACUCUUCAUAUUCUUUUUACUGAUGUACCUGCUUACCAUUUGGGGUAAUAUUGGCAUGAUCUUAACAAUCUCCAUCAUUUCUGACUUGGACAACCCAAUGUAUUUCUUCCUCAGUAACUUGUCCUUCUCUGACCUUUGUUAUUCUACUGUUGUCACUCCAAGAAUGUUACAUGAUAUUUUUUCCAUUCGAAAAUCUAUCUCUUUUAUCAGUUGUGCUGUUCAGUUGUACUUCUUUGCUACGUUUGCCUCUAUAGAAUGCUACAUGUUGUCUACUAUGGCAUAUGAUCGCUAUGUAGCAAUAUGUCAUCCUCUUCUAUAUCAUGUUGUAAUGAAUACAAAAGCAUGUAUCCUUCUUGUAUGUGUUGUGUAUAUCAGUGGAUUACUCACUGCCAUAGUUCAAACAUCUUGCACCUUUAUUACAUCUUUUUGUGAACAUAAUGCCAUCAAUCAUUUUUUCUGUGACAUCCCCCCACUGAUGGAACUCUCUUGCUCGGAUACAUAUACCAACAAAGCCAUUAUAUUUUUUAUAGUUUGUUUUCUAGGACUUUUUUCUGUAAUUGUCACUCUGGCAUCUUAUGUCUAUAUUUUUGCUACCAUAUUGAAGAUUCGGUCAUCUGCUGGGAAACGUAAAGCCUUUUCUACGUGCACCUCUCAUCUUUUGUGUGUUUCCUUAUUUUAUGGAACUGCUUUUUUCAUGUAUCUCCGUCCACCUUCUACGUAUUCUGUGAACCAGAACAAGGUGAUUUCAGUGAUCUACACAAUGGUGAUACCAAUGAUCAACCCCAUUAUAUACAGCUUACGAAACAAAGAGGUUAAGAAAGCAUGUAAAUAA